CCAGCAAUGGCUUCUUCUAUUCUACCUUUGUGCACUACCAAUAUUCCCUCUUCUUUCUCCAAUAAUACCAACUCAUCUUUCUUAUCAAAACCCUCUCAGCAUUUCCUCCACGGAAGGCGUAGUCAAAGUUUCAAGGUUUCAUGCAACGCCAACAAAAAUGGUGGCGAGCAUGACAAAAACCUUGACGCUGUUGAUAGGAGAAAUGUUCUUUUAGGGUUAGGAGGUCUUUAUGGUGCUGCUAAUCUUGCACCAUUAGCCACUGCUGCUCCCUCACCACCACCUGAUUUUGAUACUUGUUGUGCAGCCUAUAUAACUGAUGGUCCACGAGUUCCUUAUAUUUGUUGCCCCCCUCCUCUCCCCAAAGAUACAACCACCAUUCCACAAUACAAAUUCCCUCCUAUGAACAAGCUCCGUAUCCGUUCCCCUGCUCAUCUUGCUGAUGAGGAGUAUAUUGCCAAGUACAAUUUGGCAAUUAGUCGAAUGAAAGAUCUUGAUGAGAAAGAACCUGAUAACCCUCUUGGGUUUAAGCAACAAGCUAAUAUACAUUGUGCUUAUUGUAAUGAUGCUUAUGCUGUUAAUGGCAAAGUGUUACAAGUUCAUAACUCGUGGCUUUUCUUCCCGUUCCAUAGAUGGUACUUAUACUUCUACGAAAGAAUAUUGGGAAAACUCAUCGAUGAUCCAACUUUCGCUUUACCAUAUUGGAAUUGGGAUAAUCCAAAGGGCAUGCAUUUACCUCCCAUGUUCGAUCGUGAAGGGACUUCCCUUUACGAUGAAAGGCGUCAUCCACGAGUCCGUAACAACACUGUUAUGGAUCUUGGUUUUUUUGGGGACAAGGUUGAUACAACUGAACUCCUAUUGAUGAACAAUAACUUAAUUCUAAUGUACCGUCAAAUGGUAACUAAUGCUCCGUGUCCUCUUUUGUUCUUCGGUGCACGUUACGUUCUCGGGACUAACAUCGAUACCCCGGGAACCAUUGAAAAUAUCCCUCACAUACCAGUCCACAUUUGGACUGGUACAAAACGAGAUAAAGAAGCGCCUAAGGGUAAACCGAAAUACGGUGAGGAUAUGGGUAAUUUCUACUCAGCUGGUUUGGACCCGGUUUUCUAUUGCCACCACGGCAAUGUGGACCGGAUGUGGAACGAAUGGAAAACACUAGGAGGGAAAAGAAAAGAUCUAACACAACCAGAAUGGUUGAACUCCGAGUUCUUUUUCUAUGAUGAAAACAAAAAUCCUUACCUUGUGAAAAUCGGAGACUGUUUGGACACGAAGAAGAUGGGAUAUGACUACGAACGAAGCCCCACCCCAUGGCGUGACUGCAAGCCAACCAAAAAAUAUUCAACUGGGAAACUGGACCCAAGUAAAGUUCCACCAGCAAGCAAAAUAUUCCCGAUCUUUCAGCUGGAUGGAAACACAUCGUUUUCCUUGGAUAGACCGGCUUCGUUAAGGACUCAAGUGGAGAAAGAUAAUAAAGAGGAGAUUCUAACGUUCGGCUUCAUAAAAUAUCAUAAUACAGACUACAUAAGGUUCGAUGUGUAUGUGAACGCGGACAAGAAUGUGACAUCAGGGGAUCUUGACCAGAAAGAGUAUGCGGGAACCUAUACUAGCUUGCCACAUACUCCUAAACCUGAUCCUCAUAAAUCUGGUGAUAAUGAUCUUUCAAGUGCUAAUUUGCAGCUGGCGAUAACAGAACUGUUGGAGGAGCUUGAUUUGGAAAAUGAUGAAAAAAUUGUGGUGACUCUGGUUCCAAGGAAAGUUGGCAAAGGUCUCACCAUUGGAUGUGUGGAUAUCAGGCUUGUGGAUUGUUAA